CGUUUUUGAUAAUCUACAGCUGAUAUUGUGAGAUUUGAUCAACAAUUUUCAGAUAAAUAGCCCAGAUAUCUAGCACUAAAUAAAAACAUUCGAACACUAAAUAAAACAAUCUUUUUUUAUACACGAAAAAGUUUAUUAGUUUAUUUAGGAUUAACAACAAUGAGCGGUUUUAACAUCGUUUGGGUCGGUUGUGCUAUUGCAGGUCUUGUUGCCAUUUCUUACAUUGUUGUUCCCAAAGGACCAAACCAAACGACGAUUCGAACAUCUAUCAUAUUAACUUUAAUUUGUAUUUAUUUGAUGUGGGCAAUUACUUAUUUGUCUCAGCUUCAUCCUCUAAUAGUUCCUAAAAAGAGUGCAGCAGAAGAACAUUGAGAUAUUUAAAAUAUUGGCUUCAUUUAUUAUUACGAUGAGCAGUAUGAUAUAUAAUUAUGCACUAAAAGAAAUAUUUAUUUUUUUUUUUUUUUGAAUUUUACAAAGUAUAGAUUAUCAAUAUAAUGGGCUUUUCUGAGUUGGGUUUUCAAUUGUCCGGAUUUA